ACACAAUUAAUAAAAAAAGAAAUUGAAAAGUGAGGUUCAAACGUCGUGACGCGGUGGUGCGUUUGGCCACGGUUGAUGAUGUCAUCCGUCCGCGACAUCACACUAGUAGCAUGUUAUGCUAACCGACAAAACGAGUAGAGGAUUUAUUUUCGUUAAAGAGUUUUUGGUUGGGAAGGAGGUAAAAUGUCUUUAUAUGAUGAUUUGGGGGUCGCAACAAGCGACACUAAAACAGAAGGGUGGUCUAAAAACUUCAAACUGCUUCAGUCUCAGCUGAAAGUGAAGAAAGCUGCAUUGACACAAGCAAAGACUCAGAAGAUGAGACAGUCCAAUGUUCUCGCACCAGUUAUUGAUCUGAAGAGAGGAAGUGCCGUAGAUGACAGACAGAUCUCUGAUACACCUCCACACAUUGCAGCAGGAAUUAAGGACUCGACAUCAGUUGGGUUUUCAUCCGGAGAUGUGCUGAUUCCUUUGGCUGAUGAGUAUGACCCCAUGUUUCCCAACGAUUAUGAGAAAGUGGUGAAGAGACACAGAGAAGAACGACAAAGACAGAGAGAACAGGAGCGACAGAAAGAAAUUGAGGAGAGAGAGAAGAAACGUAAAGAGAGACACGAAGGAAGUGGAGCGCCAAGCGGAUUUUCACGUUUCCCAACAGAAGGCGAAUCAGAUGAGGAGGAGGAUUUUGAGAGAGAAAAGAGGAAGAGGAGUGUUGGUGGAGCUGCCAUCGCCCCUCCGACAUCUCUAGUGGAGCGAGACUCAACGUAUACAUAUGAUGAAGAUGGUCGGCAGAGGUCGAAAGCAGCAAUCCCACCUCCCAUUUUUGAUGAAUCUGAUAGACCACGGUCUCCCCCGGGACCAACUAAUUCAUUCCUGGCCAACAUGGGUGGUACUGUGGCUCAUAAAAUCAUGCAGAAGUAUGGAUUCCGAGAUGGGCAGGGCCUGGGAAAACAUGAGCAGGGGUUGAGCACGGCGCUCUCAGUGGAGAAAACCAGCAAGCGUGGGGGCAAGAUUAUUAUUGGAGACUCGACGGAAAAGACAUCAGGAUCCAGUCAGAAUGUGGCUGAUCCACAUGGCUCUAAUUCAGUGGAUGCCUCAAAGAAAAACGAGACCAACCCUCUUACAGAGAUUCUCAAAUGUCCUACAAAAGUGGUGUUGCUGCGGAACAUGGUAGGAAGGGGAGAAGUGGACGAAGACCUGGAAGCUGAGACUAAAGAAGAGUGUGAGAAAUAUGGCAAAGUCGUCAAGUGUGUCAUCUUUGAGAUCUCCGGUGUUUCUGACGACGAGGCCGUCCGCAUUUUCCUGGAGUUCGAACGAGUCGAAUCAGCCAUUAAAGGGUUGGGCUAAAGCUCGAAGAAUGCUGAGGUGCUAAGAGGAGCUGAGUGUUGUCAUGCCACCAAGGGUAUUUUUGAUCAUACAUCAUUAUUAAAAACUCACUCUGGUGAGAUCACGUGGUGGUGGUGGGGGGGAACAAAACUUUUCUGUAGGGGAUGUUUUUAAUGAUGUAUUUAGCAGCUAAGUAAGUGUCUGGAGACCUUGCGUGGUUUUUCCCCAUUCCACUGCUCGUCUCACAUGUUUUUCAAAGCAAAAAACAUGGUCUGUGUGAAUGGCCUGAAACUGAUCAGAAAUCAUUCAUAUUUGGUGCUCAAGUAAUAUUUAUUCAUUGUCAAUGUUAAAAACAAUUGAGCUGCUUAUUAUUUAUUAUGAAGCGAUACAUCAGGGUUCUUUGGAGAAUAGAAGGUUCAAAAGAAAAGCUUCUAAAAAAUAGAAAUCUUUGUAACAUAUAUAGUUGAGGUCAAAAGUUUACAUACACCUUGCAGAAUCUGCAAAAUGUUAAUUAUUUUACCAAAAUGAGGGAUCAUACAAAACGCAUGUUAUUGUUUAUUUAGUACUGACCUGAAUAAGACAUUUCACAUAAGAGAUGUUUACAUAAUCCAUAGGAGGAAAUAAUAGUUGAAUUUAUAAAAAUGACCCCGUUCAAAAGUUUACAUACCCUUGCAUCUUAAUACUGUGUUGUUACCUGAAUGAUCCACAACUGUAUUUUUUUUUUUAUU